CCGUGUUUGUUCGAUUUCGUUUAAAGGAUGUCGAAAAUCUUGUUAGCCAAAAUUUUCUCCAGAAAAAAAUUUAAUAAAAUAAAAUUUCUUGGUACGCAAUAAAAAAAAUAUCUUCGUUGCUAAGGAAUUCAAUUAAUUUCAUCAUCCACUUGCGUUCCGUUUUGACCAAGUUUCUUUGAAAGCACAGCCCUCCCCAUCCAUAUUCUAUGAUUUUUCCGGAAAUUUUUUUUAGUUUCUUAUAUUUUUCCUCCUGCAUUUAACACCCUAGCUCCUCAAGUUUUGCUUCAAAACCCACAAAGGGUAAUUGCAGUUCUCCCCGGGGAUUUCAAUGGGACUGCAGCAAUCGAAAGAUGAGUUGCUCCAUCAGCAAGUCAGCUGUGGAAACAUCGAAGGGAUUAAAGCACUCUGCAGAGACGGUGCAGGCCUGGAGUGGAUUGAUAGAGAGGGGAAAACCCCUUUGAUUGCGGCCUGUAUAAAUCCUGGGCUCUAUAACCUUGCAAAAACCUUGAUUGAACUCGGUGCAAACGUCAACGCCUAUCGCCCCGGUCGUCAUGCUGGGACUCCUCUACAUCAUGCAGCUAAAAAAGGCCUAGAAGAUGUUGUUAAAUUACUUCUUUCGCAUGGAGCAAAUGCUUUAAUCAUGAAUGAUGACUGUCAAAGUCCUCUUGACGUUGCUAGGGCGAAAGGGCACACCAAUGUUGUCCGCGCAAUUGAGAGGCAUAUUUGCUUAUUCUCUGGUUGGUUGCGGGAGUUUUAUGGUCCUGGAUUUCUCGAAGUACUUGCUCCUCAGUUGGUUUCAAGAAAAGUUUGGGUUGUUGUUUUGCCAUGUAGUUCUCGCAAACCCACCAAGCCUUUCAAGUUGGAGCUUGCCAUGUAUCCUACCAUGCAGGAUGCCAAGCCACGGACAGUUAUUGCAUUGUGGAAAGUCAAUCUGGAAGAACCAAAGUUACACCUGUCUGAUCCUUCAGUUGUGAUUCACGAUAACGCCGCAAUCCCAAGAGGCAGGAGGCGGAGAAGAAGCAUGUACAUCGCCCAAGAGGCUAGUAGUAGGCAUCAAAAACUUAGGCAAACACGUGUCAAACUUGCAGCUGCAGAUGAAAAUGACAAGCAACAACUUCAGUUGUUUUGCAAUGCAUGCAAAGGAAUUCCACAGGCGUGUCCUGCGUUUUUGGGUAACAACCAACCCCCAGUUGCUCCAGCAACGGCGCCACCAGCUGCUCCAGCAACGGCACCACCAGCGGCAGAAGAUUUAGAGUUGGCCAUGGCUAUUAGUGCUUCCAUUCAGUCUGCUAUGCAGGAGAGAGCAUCCUUUCCUGAUCCUCAGCCAACCUAUGAAGGAAGUGCAUCCAGUAGUUAUAAUGGUUGGGCCGGAGCCUCUCCGAGUAAUUACAGUUACAAUGGUUGGGGUGUACCAACUGCCGCUGCUACUCCAAAAGUAAGUAGCAGCAAGUGGUCAGGGACUGAGAGUAGCAAAGUUGGAGAGUCAUCUCAGCAGGUGGAAAUCCAGGAUACCUCUUCUGUCCAAACAGCUCCUACCUCAGAUAUAAUCCUAUCAGCCCCACCAGUUGCAGAUGAUAGUCUAGAUGCAGCUCGUAUUCACUAUCCUUCAAUUGAUUUCAGUCCUAUCGAUAUCCCAUCCCCAAGCCUUGAAAGCAAACGUGCUAAAGUUGAAGAGAAGAAAGGUGAAAGCGGUUCAUGUGUGAUUUGUUUGGAUGCUCCAGUUGAAGGAGCUUGCAUCCCUUGUGGACAUAUGGCUGGAUGCAUGUCCUGUUUGAAGGAGAUUAAAGGCAAGAAAUGGGGAUGCCCCGUCUGUCGAGCCAAGAUAGACCAGGUUAUAAGGCUGUAUGCUGUAUGAUCAGUUAUCCAUAAUAUAUAUAAGUUCAGCAUUGUUACUGCAAACACCUUGAAAGAUAUGUUUUUGUAUCAUAGUAUGUACUGGAUGAAGUUGUGUGUGACUUAAGGUUUCUGUACAUGUUACCACAUAGUAUUUACGUUUCACUAUGUUUCUUAAAUAUCAGCGAGACGGCAACCUCUGUUAAUUUUGAUUUUCCAUGAUUUUUUUGUAAGUUGUAUAUGUGAAUAAACAAAUUUCCCAAUUAACUUUGGGCUGGCUGUUCAAGUUUUA